CCCGAAGAGUUUUGGAAAUUACAGCCAACUCUGGUGAAAUUUGAAGAGAAAAUGAAGCGUUCGGAAUCUAAGAUAGCAAAAAUGGGGCGUCCUAAGCACGAGAGCUUAUGGGAAAUCUCCCAAAUUAAUCAUCAACGAUCAAGAUACAUAUAUGAGAUGUUUUACAAGAAAAAGUUGAUAACAAGGCCUACAUAUGAUUGGUUGUUGAACCACAAAUACGGAGACGCUGAACUUAUCGCUAAAUGGAGAAAACAGGGUUAUGAAAAUCUGUGUUGUUUGCAAUGCAUCGAAAAAUCUAACGCGAAUAGUACUUGUAUUUGCAGGGUUCCAAAAAGUAUAGAAACACAACAAAACCCAGCCUGCAGAUCUUGUGGAUGUCGAGGAUGUGCU